CCUGCUCUUUGCUAGUCUUUCGCCAGUUUGCCAGAAAGGCCAAUUAUUUGAACCAUCUCGUAUCCAAGAAUAUGGCCAACAAGACCAUCUAUCUCAUCAAAUAUCGGACCAGUUCCACUCAACGUGCACACUUUGCAAUCUAUGUUCACGAAGGGGCUUUUCCUGGAAAAGGAAUACUGAUACACGUGGUCGGUGCACCAAUGGCCGGUUUCCAGCUCGAAAUUAAGGAGAAUUACGACCUGGCUGCAACCUUGCAACAAUAUACAUCACAUCUCCUUGGACAAGUGCCUGCAUCAUCAACUGCUGCUAUUCGACAACUUGCUUCUACAGUCAGACCACCUGGAAUAAGUCAAAAUUUUAUGGCUCCAGUUGAUGGGGUUAACAACAAGCGUUGCCAAGAAUGGACCGCAGAAUAUGUCCAGCUACUCGUUCAGCGACAAUUUCUUAAUCAGACUGCUCGCCAGAUACUUCAGUCAGAGCGAGAUCCCCCAGCCUUCGGGAUUGGUCUGAACCCAGUUGGCCGAGGCCGAGGUCGCGGCAGGGGCAAUUGACGUUCAUUUGGGGAUUGUUUAAAGGGAAGCCGUUGUCGACGCGAGUUAGCGAGUGCUCUUAGAGAACUUGAUUCGUCGGGAUCUAUAGUUGAGUACGUUCUUGAAGAAGAUAACUGGAGGUGGAUCGAUGAUCGCAUAAGGAAUCACCUUCCAUCUCAUCUGUGAGGAGGUGAGAAUACCACACAUCGUUGCAGACUGAAAGGGGUCUUUUUUUCUACAAUGGAGUUGGGCGCCAAUCGAUACCAUAUUUUAGCAUCGCCUUUUUCAGGAACUCUGAAUAGCCAGGAACAAGAACGAUUUGUAUUGUACUGAACUACUGAAGGACCGGGCAU